UUGCCCCUCCACUGACAAGUGGCUUCCUCUCACAAGGAGUCUGCUCUGCCCAAUUCCCACCAUGAGUGCUGAGCUCAAUGUGCCGGUGGACCCGUCCACCCCCGCGUGCACGGAGCCAGGCCACAAGGGCAUGGACUACCGGGACUGGGUGCGCCGCAGCUACCUGGAGCUGGUCACCUCCAACCACCACUCAGUGCAGGCGCUGUCCUGGAGGAAGCUGUACCUGAGCAGGGCCAAGCUGAAGGCCUCCAGCCGCACCUCCGCCCUCCUCUCCGGCUUCGCCAUGGUUGCCAUGGUGGAGGUGCAGCUGGAGACGCAGUACCAGUACCCACAGCCGCUGCUCGUGGCCUUCAGCGCCUGCACCACGGUGCUGGUAGCCGUGCAUCUGUUCGCACUCCUCAUCAGCACGUGCAUCCUGCCCAAUGUGGAGGCUGUGAGCAACAUCCACAACCUCAACUCCAUCAGCGAGUCGCCACACGAGCGCAUGCACCCCUACAUUGAGCUGGCCUGGGGCUUCUCCACUGUGCUGGGCAUCCUGCUCUUCCUGGCUGAAGUUGUGUUGCUCUGCUGGAUCAAAUUCCUGCCAGUGGAUGCACGGCGCUCACCAGGCUCUGGUAGCCAUGCCGGCUGGCAGGCCGCCCUGGUGUCCACCAUCAUCAUGGUGCCAGUGGGGCUCAUCUUCGUGGUCUUCACCAUCCACUUCUACCGCUCGCUGGUGCGCCACAAGACCGAACGCCACAACCGUGAGAUCGAGGAGCUGCACAAGCUCAAGGUGCAGCUGGACGGGCAGGAGCGCAGCCUGCAGGUGGUGUGAGCCCUGGCUAGCUGGCUCAGGAGCCCAGUCAAGCUAAACAGCCUUCCUGUUGCUAAGUGGCCAGCGUCAUCACCAAUGGCUGCUAAGCAGCCUAGGUUUGGUUGCUAGGCAGUCAGUAUGCACACCUCCAGAUAGCUCCAGACCAAAGUUCACCAUCUCAGAGCCCAGCCUGGGUUGGCUCUCACCACCCAGCUGCCAGGUCACCAGGACACUGCCUCUGAGUGCUUGGCAGGCUUCCUGGGGCCGGUGGGGCCUGUCCCAGAGAUAGAGCCUACAGGCCACAGGAUGGGGAGCCAAGUGGUUUCCAGGCCACCCCCUGCAGCAGGGUGCUUCCCAGCCUGGCCAGGGCGUUGGAGGGGAUGCCAGGACCUGCAGGGGCCCCGCUGGGUGUGAGCCUGGCCCUGGCCAGUCGACGUCCACUCAAGGAGGCUCACUGGCGCCCUACAGGGCAUCCAUCCACCUCUGAGCCCACAACCACCCUCCUGGGCCAAAGCCGAAGCAAGCCUGGGUCAUCCUGUGUGAGCACAGCUAGGUACGACACCUGGUCCACAGGCGGAAGCUCCACUGCAAGGCAUCAGAGGCCCAGGGAAGAUGCCGGCAGCAGGAGAUGCCACCUGACACCAGCCGUGGUUCUCCCAGCCUUCCCUUUGCCCAAGCAUGGGGCAGAUGACUCCGUGGGGACAGGGGGGACCUGGGAUAGGGGACCAAUCAUGUAGCAGCCCCAGCCUGUGCAAAGGGCAGGCUGGCCUGGAGAUGCCAACUACAGGCCAGAAAUCCCAUCUCUGGGGGUGUAACCUCAUUUUGCAGCGUUCUGAUGAGGGAGCCAUGCACAUGGGCCAGCGCCUGGACUUGCCCUAGUUUCCUGAGUGGCCCUUUUGGUGCAAAGCAGCUCCUAGGCAGCGUGGAUGGCGCCGCAGCCUCGCAGUCUGCAUUUCACACUUCAAGUGUGGUGCGGGAAGCUGCAGGGGCAGGUGUGAGCGUCGUUUAGGAGGGUUGGGAGCUGGUGGGCUGGGACUCAACUGCAGCCAACCCCUAUCUGUGCUGCGGGCCGUGUGCACCCAGGUGCAGUCUGCAUGCAGUCGGGCUGCAGGCCCUGCCCCUGCACUGAACAUGGAAUGCAUAAACCAGUAAAGCUGUGUACUCUUUAAAGAAAUCUGUUCUAGUACCUGCCAUCAAGACCCUCUCCCAGGCGUGGGAGCCCACCUGCAACCCUGUUGCCAGCCAGACCAGGGCUCAAGCCCGCAGCCCCACUGCAGGGUGUGGCCUUCUCUAGAGUGGACAUGCCACGCUGUGAGGCUCUGGUUAACCAGAUCUCCAAGAAUCAUGUGGUAGAAGCUGGGCAUACACUUAUAAUCAAUCCCAGGGCUCAAGAGGCACAAGCAGGAGGAUCAUGAGUUUGAAGCCAGCCUAGACUACUAGUUAACAUCUCACAAAGCCAAAAGAUCCAACAGAGCAGCUCAGUAUCAAGUCCCUCCAUCUUUCUUCCCUUCCCAGGCUGGGAACCAGGGCCUGACCCCCAUCUUCAAGGCAGCUCAGGGCCACGUAUAUUCUGAUCCCUAAGCCUUGUGAAGCUGCUGCCCCUCAGCUUCUGAGGCCUGCUCCCAAGCCUAGUCCUAGGAGUCUGGGACAGCCCCUCCAAUGGAGCCCAAUGCUGUACAGGUCUCCAGGGAAGGGCCUCGAGGUGUCCUGGUAAUGCAUGGUGUUUCCCUACUUCAUGCGUGCUCUGCCUUCAACUAUUGUCCCUGAGCUUUUGUGCUCAAGGCUAGCACUCUACAACUUGAACCACAGCCCCACAUCCCACU